UCAGACCAUCAGAGCUACGGCAGCGGAAACCAGCAUCUAUCAACCGAUCGAUCGACCAUGGCCGAGGCGGCUGCUGAGAAGCUGGUCUGCGUGACCGGAGCUGGAGGCUUCAUCGGGUCAUGGCUGGUCAAGGAGCUGCUCCAACGCGGCUACGUUGUGAGGGGCACCGCGAGGCACCCUGAGGACCCCAAGAAUGCCCAUCUGCUGGCACUGGACGGAGCUCAAGAACGGCUGUCUCUGUACCAUGCUGACGUGCUGGACUACAUGUCGCUUCGUCGCGCGUUCAGCUUGUGUGAUGGCGUCUUCCAUGUCGCCUCCCCGGUAUCGAAUGAUCCGGACCUUGUGCCGGUUGCUAUUGAGGGAACAAAGAACGUUCUGAACGCUGCAGCAGACAUGGGGGUGCAACGUGUGGUCUUCACCUCAUCCUACGGGGCUGUCCACAUGAACCCUAACAGGGACCCUGAUCGGACAGUGGACGAGAGUUGUUGGAGUGACCUUGAAUUCUGCAAGCAAACACAGAACUGGUAUUGCUAUGCAAAGAUGGUUGCUGAGAAGACUGCAAUGGAAGAGGCAUCAAAGAGAGGGAUACAACUACUAAUAGUUGUCCCACCAGGGACAAUAGGUAGAAUGCUCCAACCAACAUUGAACUUAAGUUUAUCCAUAGUGGCCACCUACAUGAAGGGCACAAAGAAGGCAUACUCAAACGCGGUUGGUGCAUAUGUUGAUGUGCGAGAUGUCGCCCUUGCCCAUAUUUUGGUGUAUGAAGAUGUGAGCACCCAUGGUCGGUACCUCUGCAUAGGUCACAUGCUACACCAAUCGGAGUUUCUUCAAAUGAUGAGAGAUCUCUUCCCACAAUACCCGAUCACCACCAAAUGCAAGGAUGAAAACAAGCCACUGAUCAAGCCUUACAAGUUCUCCACACAACGACUCAAUGCUCUGGGUAUGAAGUUCACUACUUUGAAAGAGAGUUUAUACAACACAGUGGUUAGCCUACAAGAGAAUGGUCAUAUCCCAGUACUGCUACAUAAGUCGUCUCUAUGAGGAAUAAGGAUAUAAAAAGAUGGAUUUCCACAAGAUGGUGUCAAUGCCUUAGUUGGUAAAGUUGGACUUUGUAUGAACAUGAAAAGAUGAUUCUUAAAGUGAAUAACCACUCAAAUUGUCCAAUGAAUAAAAUAAUUCAAAGUUGAAGUUAUUGUUCAAUAUAUUUUUUGUAAGCAAUUUGUGUUCAUAUAUUCCUUGUUUUUCG